AUGCAGCAAAACUCGCCCAAAUUUCGCGUCCGCACUUCUCUCCUGACUUGCCAGCGGUGCUACAGAAUACAGCACUACCGCAGCAUCGACGUUGGGUGGGAGUCGGGGGUUUGGAGGCGUUUGGAGGGUUUUGAGGGUUUGUCAGUUUCUUCGGUGGUUUCGAAAGUGGUUUGCAAAAUGCCGCGAAGUUCUCUCGUAAUUAAACUUGUGGAUAUUUGCGACUUGGAGGCUUCGGUGGUUCCGGAGCUUUUCGAAAGCUGCAGACAAAAGGGUUUGAGGGUUUUGUGGGCCCUCAACAGAGUCGACUGCCUCCCCCGAGACGCGGACCUCAACGAGUUUCGGCUUACUUUGGAGCGCCGCAUUGGAGAGAUUUUGUCUGAAGACACUCCGCGGCUGCGGCCCCGCGCAGCAGCAGCAGCAGCAGCAGCAGCAGCAGCAGGCGACGCAGCAGCAGCAGGCGGCGGCACGCUCGCAACGGCAGCAGACGCAUAUGAAGACGCGCAGCAGCAGCAGCAGCAGCAGCAGCAGCAACAGCAGCAGGGGCGCUUCAUCUUCGUUGUGGGCAGAGUCAACUCGGGCAAGUCGACCUUCGUCAACAGGUUCCUCAAAUUCGUCGGAUACAAGCACUUCGGGACUCUGCACCUGAAGCGCGCAGUGGGAGGCGCCACGAGGUCUCCUCUUCCAGGAACCACUUUGGACAUUUUGCCUUUUGGACUUCCCAAGGGUUUCAAACUUAUCGACACUCCCGGGGUGCCUUCGGAGCACCAGGUGACGGGUUUGCUGCGUCGAGGGUUUGACCUUUUCUCAGUAGUGCCCACAAAACGCAUGCAGCCCUUAACUUAUCCCCUCAAAAAAGGCCAAACCCUAAUUGUGGGGUCUUUGGCGAGAAUUGAUUUAGUGGAAGGAACCACGGCCCUCUGCACCUGCUACUUCAGCCACAGGGUCACCCUCCACAUCUGCAAGUGA